AUGACAAGUUGUGGGCCAGAAAAGCAGACAGGAGGAGACCUUCAGAGAUAUCAGACAGAAGGAUUUCGCAACCUGCUGCUGACUACAGCAGGAAACCUGCUGUUUCAUAUUUACAAAGAUGUCCAGUACGUGCUUACUAAAAUAAAAAUAAGGCGCUUUGCCUUAAAGUGCAUGCAGACUAAUUACUCAAUCCUGGACCGCUUUUUAGACUUGGUGAAGACGCAGCCACAAAAGACUUUAAUUUAUUUUAAAGAUGAAAUGUUCACGUACCGGGACGCAGACGUCCUGAGCAACAGAGCCGCGAGAGCGUUUCUGCAGGCUGGAUGCGUAAAAGAAGGAGCCACGGUGGCGCUGUUCCUGGGGAACCAGCCGAUGAUCCUGUGGCUCUGGUUGGGUUUGCUGAAGAUUGGAUGUCCCGGAGCUUUCCUCAACUCCAACAUCAGAUCCAAGUCUCUGCUACACUGCCUCAACUGCAGCGGAGCCACAACUCUGGUAGCAGCUGAAGAGUUGCUGGAUGCAGUGAAGGAGGUGCUGCCCCAUCUGCAUGAACAGCAGAUCACUGUUUUCAUCUUAGCUGACAGCUGUGAAACUGCAGGUGUGGAGAGCUUCAUCGAUAAAAUGAAUCAGGCUUCCUCUGAGCCUAUACCCAAGGAGCUAAGGUCCCAUUUAACCAUGCGGAGUCCAGCAGCCUACAUAUACACCUCAGGGACAACAGGUCUCCCUAAGGCAGCUGUGAUCACUUACAGCAAAGUGUGGAACCUUUCUUUACUUCUGGCUACAACAGGAGUGAACUCCAAAGAUGUGAUUUAUGAUACCCUCCCGCUUUAUCACAGUACUGGCCUCCUUGUCUUCACUGGAGCUGUUGAAAGGGGUAUUCCUGUUGUUCUGAGGAGUAAGUUUUCUGCUUCCCAGUUCUGGGAUGACUGCAGAAAAUAUAACGUCACUGUCAUACAGUACAUAGGUGAAAUUAUGCGUUAUCUCUGCAACACUCCACAGAAACUCGGUGAUAAAAACCACAAAGUCAGACUUGCAGUAGGCAACGGGAUCAGAGCAGAUGUUUGGAGGGACUUUGUGAGACGAUUUGGAGAAAUUCAAAUCAGAGAAUUUUAUGGAGCAACUGAGGGAAACUUUGCUCUGUUAAAUUAUAGCAGCAAGAUGGGAGCUCUUGGGCGACACAUCUUCCUGCACAAGAUGUUUUUUCCAUAUGCUGUGAUCAAAUAUGACAUAGACAAAGAAGAACCUCUGAGGGAUUCUUCUGGUUUUUGCAUGGAGGUUGAGAGAGGUGAACCUGGACUUCUUGUGACUAAAAUAACAGCCAAAGCUCCAUUCACUGGUUAUGUGAGAGACUUGAAUCAAACUGAGAAAAAGAAGCUGCAUAAUGUCUUCAAGAAAGGUGAUCUGUACUUCAACACCGGCGACCUGCUGCGCAUCGAUGAGGAUAAUUUCAUGUACUUCCAUGAUCGUGUUGGAGACACAUUCAGAUGGAAAGGAGAGAACGUAGCCACAGCUGAGGUAGCCGACAUCCUUGUGCUGACUGACUGUGUUAAAGAAGCCAAUAUUUACGGAGUCAAAGUGCCAGGUCAGGAGGGAAGAGCCGGGAUGGCUGCUGUUACUUUGAAAGAUGGACUGAAGUUUGACUCCACAACUGUUUUUAAACAUGUUGAGGACUUCCUGCCGUCCUACGCCAGGCCACGCUUUGUGAGGAUUCAAAGGUCACUGGACAUUACAGGCACGUUCAAGCUAAUAAAGACGAAAGUAGUGGAGCAGGGCUUCAACCCAAAUGAAAUAACAGACCCACUCUACUUUCUGAAUGAAAAAGAGAAGAAUUAUACUCCACUCACGCCAGAUGUAUUUGAUUCAAUUAUAGCAGGAAAUAUCAAAAUAUAA